CGGAGGGAUCCGGUGGAGGAGGAAGGAGAACGGAGGAGCUCCUGGCCGGAGGAGGCCCGGGGGGGAGAAGACAGGCCGGACAUGCCGAGGGUGACUGGAUAUGGAAUACAAUGACAAGCUGGCCAGGUUCCGCCAGGGUCACCUCAACCCUUUCAACAAAUCGAGAGAAGAGGAGCCCUGCGAGGACGCGGAGCGGGGGCCUUCAAAGGGUUCCCCACCAGGAUCCCCCCCUCCUCGUCCUGAACUGGAAUUCCGCAGCGCAGACAGAGUGAUGGACCUGGGGGUCUCGGAGGAUCACUUCUCCCGGCCCGUGGGUCUGUUCCUGGCGUCGGACAUCCAGCAGCUGCGCCAGGCGAUCGAGGAGUGUAAGCAGGUGAUCCUGGAGCUGCCCGAGAAUUCGGACAAGCAGAAGGACGCAGUGGUCAGACUCAUCCAUCUCCGGCUGAAGCUGCAGGAGCUGAAAGACCCCCAUGAAGAGGAACCCAACAUGCGGAUCAUACUAGAGCAUCGAUUCUACAAGGAGAAGAGUAAGAGUGUGAAGCAGAUGUGUGAUAAAUGCAGCACCUUCAUCUGGGGCCUCAUCCAGACCUGGUACACCUGUACAGGUUGCUAUUAUCGCUGCCACAGUAAAUGUCUGAAUCUCAUCACGAAGCCCUGUGUGAGGUCAAAGGUCAGUCACCAGGCAGAGUACGAGUUGACCAUUUGUCCCGAAGCCGGACUGGACAGCCAGGAUUAUCGCUGCGCAGAGUGCCGAGCGCCAAUCUCUUUACGAGCGUCGUCCAGCGAGGCCCGCCAGUGCGAUUAUACUGGGCAGUACUACUGCAGCAACUGUCACUGGAACGACCUCGCUGUCAUCCCGUCCCGCGUUAUCCACAACUGGGACUUUGAGCCGAGGAAGGUGUCGCGGUGCAGUAUGCGGUACCUCGCUCUGAUGGUAAACCGGCCGGUGCUGAAGCUGCGGGAGAUUAACCCUUUACUUUUUAACUAUGUGGAGGAACUGGUGGAGAUCCGGAAGCUUCGUCAGGACAUCCUUCUCAUGAAGCCGUACUUCAUCACCUGCAAGGAGGCCAUGGAGGCCCGGCUGCUGCUACAGCUACAAGAUCGUCAGCACUUUGUGGAGAACGAUGACAUGUACUCUUUGCAGGAUCUCCUGGAUGUUAGCAGCUCGCGGCUCAGCUGCUCUCUGACCGACGUUCACACCAUGUUUGCAAAGCACAUCAAGCUGGACUGCGAGCGCUGUCAGGCGAAGGGCUUCGUAUGUGAGCUGUGCAAGGAGGGCGACAUUCUCUUCCCAUUCGAUAGCCACACGUCUGUGUGCCAGGAAUGUGCUGCUGUGUUCCACAGGGACUGUUAUUACGACAACUCCACCAGCUGUCCGCGCUGCUCGAGGAUGAACCUUCGCAAACAGGUGCAGGAGGAAGGAGAAGAGCAGCGGCAGUGAUCUCGGGGGCCCCCAAUCCCAGGACAUUGUUGGGUGGAGGUGGCAGCGCGAUGGACGUUGUUGGGUGGAGGUGGCAGCGCGAUGGACGUUGUUGGGUGGAGGUGGCAGCGCGAUGGACGUUGUUGGGUGGAGGUGGCAGCGCGUUGGACGUUGUUG